CACAAACAAAGAACUUGGAAGGGUACUCUGCCACUCACUUCUCCCAACGAUUAGAAAACUGUUGGGAUAUUUUCUUGGGGACCUCGACCCUGUGAAUGACAGGUCUGCUCAUGGCAGCAAAUAUUUCAAGGGAAUGAGGGGCUAUGGCCUAGGGGUGUGGAACCUUGGAGCUGUAUGAUAUUUCAGGUCCAUGGUAACCUUCCUCACAAAUUAACCAUGAGGGUACAUGUUCUCUGUGGUAACUGAUUCCACUUUGAAGGAUCAAAAGAGAUGGAUUCGAUUGAAAAACCAGACAAGGAAAAGCUACAAAAAAAUGCAUCUCCUACCAUCCCCCGGCUGACAGGCAAUGAAGCAUUCCAUUUCUUUGUGAGCUACAGCAGCCUGGACUCCUCUUGGGCCCACAAAUUCAUUACAAAACUAGAGACUGAUUACUCAGAUCUGAAGAUCUGCUACCAUGAGCGGGACUUUCUUCCAGGGAAAAACAUAAUUGAGAACAUGGUUGAUUGCAUCCAGCAGAGUCAAAAGAUGCUGUUAAUCCUUAGCCAAGACUUUGUCCAGAGCAGAUGGUGUUUGUUGGAGGCCAAUCUCUCUGUCUUUCGUUACUGUAUGGAGAGAAAGCCUGUCAUCCCCAUCAUGCUAAAGCCCUGCCAGGUUCCACUUCAUUUGAACCAUUUAACAUAUCUGGAUGCCAAUGACAUCUCCUUCUAUGAAAAGGUCAUCAAGGCCAUCUGCACACCUAACCAUCUCAUGAAGCAUUCCACACUUGUCCCAUACCAACUCUCCUCAAUCUACAAUGGGAAAACCCUGAUGACCCUGCCCUGUAUCAAUAAAGACAACCUUCCAUCAUGGAAAUUGGGAACCUUCAGCUCAUCUAAUAUCCCUGAUCCACUGAAAAUGGUCAUAGAUGAUCCAGAAGUUUAUGGAAGAGCCAUUAACAUCCUGAAUGGAGUCUCUUCUUCCAAAUGCUGUUUCCGAUAUUUGAGUUGCAGGAUCACAUUGUGCAUUAUCCUCUUAAUCCUUACCAUAUUUUUAUCUGCCUUUGCUAUAGUAAGUUGGUUUGCUGCGCAACCUGAUUCCUCAAAGUUGGUUUCACUUUUCUUCAUGAUACCCUUCCCUAUGCUGUUUCUGAGUAUGAGUUUAGUGGCCUUGGUAGUAAAUAUGAUGUGUUGGGCUAGAAGAUCAAAAAAAGAGAAAUUACGAGAGUUGAACCUAAAAGUAGGAGAAGCCAACCUCAUUCUGGCCAAUCACUCUGUGCUGAUUGGCUGUGAAACUAUAAACAAACUCUCCUUUGUAUAUAUUUCACUUAAAGAAUGUGAAAAAGUUUUCCUGGAUACCUUUCCUGAUGAAAACCCUUCUGCUGAGGAGAUGUUCCGAAGUGCAAUAAUCCGCUAUUCUUCUAGUUAUGCCUGCUGUGUUGCUAAUAAGCAUUUUCCCCUCUCUGAAGUGGAAGAGGAAGGCCAUAUGAAUGAUGGCUUAUGUUUCUGCCAGUAUGUCUGUCUACAAAUGAGAAACAACAGGUGGCUAGGAGAUGGGAUGGGGCUGGCUUAGAUGUAGUCCUGCCCAGUAACUGCAGAUAGAAUUGAAGAUUCCUCAACCUCCAUUGAGAGGUCAGUACAGUAAUGAACAAUUCCUCUUUUGUUUGGGGGGGGUAGGGUUCUUUUUAUGCUUUCUUUUUAUCAUGCCAUUUGUCUAACACUUGAGAUUGAUUCACGGUAUUCUAAAAGCCUGCUACUUGAGCUCCCAAAGAAGUUGAACCAAUGGGAUACUAUUCCCUUGAAUUUGGCAUUCCACCUCCCUUCUCUGCCUUCACACAGGCUGUCCAAUAUUAUUGGAAUGUGCUUCCUCUUCUCACUUCAGCCUCUUAGGCUCCCUCCUUUCCUUCAAGGUCAAUUCAUGUGCAAAGAUUCCAUGAGAAAUCCAUCCUGACCCCCUUGAUCAUUUGUGCUCUUUCCCUUUUCCUGUUCCACUCCUCCCCUGCAUUAGACUGUAAUCUCCUAGAGGAUAGGGACUGCUUCUUUCUUUGGGUUAGUUCUGCGAACUCCCAUUGCACACAAUAAGCACUUAAUAGAUGUUAUUGGGGUUAUCCAAUCAUAAAAAGGAAAGAAACGAGUAUUUCGUAAGUAUUCACUAUGUGUUAAGCACUGUACUAAGUGCUUUGCAAAUAUUUGGUCCUUAUAAAAACUCCAGGAGGUAGGUGCUAUUAUUAACCCUAUUUUACAGUUGAUGAAAUGGAGGCAUGUAGAGGGUAAAUGACUCACCAGGGUCAUACAAGUUAAUGAUUUUCUGAAGCCAAAUUUGAACUCAAGUAUUCCUGUCUCCAGGACCAGUACUUUAUGUACUGCCCCUCAUAGGACCUCAGAGGAUAUUGAAUCCAACCCUUAGUUGAGCAUGAAUCUUGUCUAGUAUAUUUGUAAUACAGAAUCAUCUAGUUCUUGAAGACCUCCAGUGAAGAAAAACCUACAUUGCAGAGACAAGAUGGUGGAUUAGGAGUAGCCACUCAGCUGAUCUCUCCCAACAAUCUUAAAAUAAUACUUCAAAUCAAAUUUUGAAGCAGCAGGGACAACAAAAGUUCAACGUAAGACAUUUCUUAAUAAAACUUAGGAGUAGGCAAGAGAAGUCAGUAUCACUGGUAUGGAGGCCUGACCAGAGCCCACACGUGGGACAGUGGCAACAGCAGCAGAAGUAGCAGCAGCUGCUUUGGGAGCUCUCAGCCCUGAGAUGAUAAGGGAGUCAGACAACUGGUCAGAAAGAGAUUACAGGGGACUCUUUAUUGGCAGUAGGUAUAGCUGGUACUGACUGGCAACUUUAUUCUUGUUUUUCUUGUUUUCUCAAUGGAGAAGGUAGGAAGUGGGAGGGAAAAUAUGAUUUUUGAAAAUAGAAUCUAAUUUUUAAAAAGAAAAAUAUAAAAUAGAGAAACCAUAGCUAACU